AUGUCUUCUCAAAUUCUGCGACCACCGAUCAAUUCGGACCUCGCCGACGUGACACCCCCCUUGCUGGACGUCAGCACUCCAGAAAAACUGAAAUCCUACCGCCAAUCCCUCGAAUCACUGUUUACAGCGGAUAAAACCAUCCAAGGAAAAGAGGACGCAAUCUCCUACCAAGAACUCGACAUCCCAGGCCCGGCAGGACCGAUGCGAGCCACCAUCUUCCGUCCCAAGCACCAAACCCGCCCCGUCGAAGAAACCCCCGGCGUCCUACACAUACACGGCGGGGGCCUCGCAACAGGAAACCGCUUCCUAGGCUUCACCAUGCUCGACUGGAUCGAGUCCCUCGGCGCAGUCUGCCUGACGGCCGAGUACCGUCUCGCCCCGGAGCAUCACCAGCCAGCCCAGCUGGAAGACAGCUACGCCGCGCUGCAGUGGAUGAGCAACCACGCCACCGAGCUAGGCUUCAACCCACACAAGCUGGUUGUCUGCGGUGGCUCGGCGGGGGGGAAUCUCGCGGCAGGCGUCGCCUUGCUCGCGCGCGACCGCUCGGGCCCGGAAAUCCGCGGCCAGGUGCUGAUGUAUCCGUGGGUUGACGAUGGGAUGGAGUACCUGUCCGUGCGGCAGUUUGGCGAUAUUGCGCCUGUGAGGGAGUCGGAUGUUGUGGUGGUUACUAGUUAUGCGUUCGGCGCGGGGCGUGAGUAUGCCGAUAUGUAUACUGCGCCAAUGCGCGCGGAGAGUCUUGCGGGCUUGCCGCCGGCGUUUAUUGAUGUGGGUGAGGCGGAUGUGUUUCGGGAUCAGGAUCUCGAGUAUGCGGCGGCCUUGUGGAGGGAUGGGGUGUCGACAGAGCUGCAUGUGUGGCCGGGUAGUUGGCAUGGGUUUGAUGUCUUUGUGCCGGAUGCUCCCAUUAGUCGGCGGGCGAGGGCUGCGCGGUUGGAAUGGCUUCGGAAGUUGCUGAGUAGCCCUGAUGGUAUCUAG